AUGGGUUUCAACACAUACAACCCUGCAGCAUGCACAAUCAAUCAGACCUUCGUUCGAGACUCCAUAAACGCCUUUGCAGACAAAGGAUUUGGUGCAGCUGGCUACAAUAUCUUUGGUCUGGACUGUGGAUGGCAGGGCACUCAGCGCCAGUCCAACGGAUCUAUCACCUAUGAUGCUGGUGCUUUCCCUGAUGGCAUUUUGCCUCUCAGCAAAUUGGCGAACAGCAAAGGCUUUAAAUGGGGCAUGUACACCGACCAAGGUGUGAACGCUUGCGACACAGGAGUUGACCGACCUGGGUCCUUGAAUCAUGAGAAGCAGGACGCUGCCCAACUGGCAGGAUGGAAUGUCGCAUAUAUGAAGGUCGACAACUGCUACAUCACCGCUGGUGACAACGCCCCCAAAGAUCCCAGAACAGACUUUCCUUCUCGUUACGGAGCUUUCUCCAACGCCAUCCAACAAGUCGGCAUCAAGGGCAUGCUUGUUUGCCAAUGGGGAACGCCUUACUCAAGCCCCAGCGGUCUACAAGGUCCUGCUGAGUGGACCCCUCCGCUCUCGACAUCUUUCCGUGUCAGCGACGAUAUCACUCAGGGUUGGGCGAGUGUCUCUCGCAUCUACAACGAGGCGAUUAAUGUCAAUUUGAGAGGACUGAACGGACCCGGCCACUUCUCCGAUAUGGAUCUACUGGAGGUCGGUGAACCUGGCAUGACGACUGAUGAGCAAGCAUCUCAUUUCGCCAUCUGGGCCAUGUUCAAGAGCCCUCUAAUGGUCUCCACAAGGAUUUCGACCAUGUCAAGCUCAACCCAGGCGAUCUUACAGAACAAGGGUUUGAUUGCAAUCAAUCAAGACUCUCUUGGCCAGCCUGUCGUCCUGACUCAGCGCUUCACUGGGGACAACGAUCAAUUCGCCGGACCUCUCGCCAAUGGUGAUGUCGCAGUGCUUCUCGUCGAUCUUAGCAACACCAAGCGGACUCUGGGCAUCAACUUUUCUGCCCUGAACAUUUCUUCCGCCACAGUCACCGAUCUCUGGACUGGCAAAGUAGUUUCGAACGCAAACAACUACUUCACCACCGUCAACGGCCACGGUUCAGUUGCUUUACGUUUGAGCAAUGUCAAGAAGUCUACUCCCGCAGCUCCCAAGCUGAACUACUACGAGGCCGAGGCUGGGCAGUUCGCCGGCAGCGCAGGUGUCGCAUCUUGCUCUGGAUGCUCCGGCGGCAAGAAGGUCGGCAACGUCGGUAAUGGCAACGGAAACACACUCACCUUCAGUGGUAUCCGCACAAGCCAGGCGACCCAAGAUGUCCGAUUCGACUAUAUCGAUUGCGAGAUUGGCUAUGCUUUUAGUGGAGGAUAUGGUAACGUUAGAGGUGCGAGCAUCAGUGUCAACGGUGGUGCUGCACAAUCCGUCAGCUUCCCUUUGACCGGCUACAACUGGGACAAGGAUGUCACGAAGGGAUUCUUGGUCAGACUUUCGGGCUUCAAGACUUCAGGUGACAACACGAUCACUAUCUCGGGACUGUCAAGUGUGUCACCGUAUGCUCCCGACUUUGAUAGAAUUGGUGUAGUGGCUUAG